CCCUUCUUUUGUUUUUGGAGAAAUCAAUCGGCGAAUGGAGCCGGAAAGUCGCCGGAAAAUCGAGGAGACGGUGGUGGACAUACUGAGGAAUACGAGCUUGGAUGAGAUGACCGAGUUCAAAGUCCGAGCCGCCGCCUCGGAGCGACUCGGGGUCGAUCUCUCCGAUUUGGACCGCAAGAGCUUCGUCCGCGGCGUCGUCGAGAGCUUCCUGAUUUCCGCGGCGGAGAGCGUCGGGGAAGAGACGGAGGCGCGGUUGAAGAAGGCGGCGAACGAGGACGGCGAGCGUGUUAUUUGUAAGCUGUCGAACAAGAGAAAUGUGGUGAUUCAUGAUUUCAGGGGGAAGACAUUGGUUUCGAUUAGGGAGUUCUAUAAGAAAGGUGGAAAGGAGCAUCCUAGUGCCCGAGGAAUUAGCUUGCCAGCUGAACAAUGGACAACCUUCAAAAAUAGUGUCCCUGCAAUAGAGGAAGCAAUUAAAAAGAUGGAAUCAAAGUUAAGAUCUGAAAUUGAUAGUAAACAGACUGAAGAUGGUCGAGAAAUUGAAGAUUGUAACCAAGCAGAAGAUGGCAAACAAAUUGAAAAUGAUAAACAAAAUGAAGAUGGUAAACAAGCUGAAGAUGGCAAACAAUCUGAAGGUAGAAAAGGGAUCAAAGAAGGCAAACAAACUGAAGAUGGUAAACAAACUGAAGCGGCUAGACGAAGUGAAGACAUGUCUGCUUCAUUGAAUGGUGUUGCUCCACAUGAAUUUUUCUCCUUUGAAACUUGCCGUUUUAAUGGGAAAAACUACCCUAUCUGGGCCCAACAAAUGGAGUUUCUGCUAAAGCAAUUGAAAAUUGGAUAUGUGCUUUUUGUGUCAUGCCCACUCAUUACACUAGGCCCAGAAGCAAGUACCGAAGAAAUUGCUCUAGCUAAGGCUGCUGAAAAAAAAUGGAUGAAUGAUGAUUAUCUGUGCCGUUGCAGCAUUUUGAAUGCUUUAUCUGAUGAUCUGCUAAAUCUUUACUCAAGGAAAACUACUGCAAGAGAACUGUGGGAAGAUUUAAAACUAUUGCAUCUUUAUGAGAAAUUUGGAACAAAGAGAUCUCUGGUCAAAAAGUACUUAGAAUUUCAGAUGCUUGAAGAAAGACCAGUUUUGGAGAAAAUUCAAGAAUUUAAUGAUAUUGCUGAUUCCAUUGUCGCUUCUGGAAUGGUGGUCGAGGAGAAAUUUCACGUGAGUGCCGUUAUCUCCAAGCUUCCCCCAUCUUGGAAGGAUGUGAGUAUCAAGUUGAUGUCUGAGGAGCAUUUACCUUUUGCAAAGCUAAUGGAUCGUUUGAGGUUUGAAGAAGACUUGCGCACUAGGGAGCAGCAGGGUUUACCGAUUAAUCAUGUAGGUAAUUCACUGGUGAAACCCAUACAAAGGAUGAGAGAUAUGAAGCAGCGAAGUAUGCAAUGGAAGAGGUCGGACUCGGAGAUUGAUGAUAGAGUUACUUGCCAAUUCUGUGGCAAGAAGGGGCACAUCUCUCAGAACUGUCGUUAUAACAAUAAGAGGAAGUUUACCAAGCUCGAUGAGAGCCACGAGGGAUCUAUGCCUAUUGAGGUAAACAUGCUGGAGGGGACUGUGGAUGGCUAACUUAGAUAUGCUACCAUCCCAUGUGCACUAACAGCAUAAUUUAACUCUUACACCGGGUGAAUACUGCUGCAGUAUAUGACAUCUACUUGUAAGCAGGUUAGAGUCUUUAUUAGGAUAAAUGUCUUUCUUGUAAGCAGGGGGUUAGAAACUGUUCUGUGAUUCUGUACCAUAAGGUUUUCUCGUUGUAAGGUAUAUCAUUGUUUCAUUCUUUCUUUGCAUCCAAGUGAUUUGAGAAACCACACACCUCAUAUUAGCUUAUGUGAUAAGCGCAAACCGCAAUUCAUAGUGACAGAAGCAACAUAUCAGGCAACUUUUCUUGGUUCCU